CGCAAUAUUACGUUUUCGGCGGAGGGAUCGAAGCUUCAGGACAGAAGAGAGGAGAGAAGCAGAGAUAGAGAAAUUGAUGCGGACAGAAAGUACGGGGACGUGGGAACAUUUCAAACGAUCUGCUUUUGUGCAGACAAAUGAAAAAUAAUUGAAAUUACAAAAGUAAAGUGGCUACAUAACUGACAGAGGAGACUACUGUUUUAUUCCGAAGAGGGGUAAAAAAUGUCGUCUCCGAGUCCGGGUAAAAGGCGAAUGGAUACCGACGUGGUGAAACUGAUCGAGAGCAAACAUGAAGUCACGAUCCUGAGUGGACUCAACGAAUUUGUAGUAAAGUUUUAUGGACCACAAGGAACUCCGUAUGAAGGGGGCGUGUGGAAGGUGCGCGUAGAUCUACCGGACAAAUACCCUUUCAAAUCUCCGUCUAUAGGAUUCAUGAAUAAAAUCUUUCAUCCCAACAUUGAUGAAGCGUCAGGAACGGUGUGUCUAGAUGUAAUCAACCAGACGUGGACGGCAUUGUACGAUCUUACCAAUAUUUUUGAGUCGUUCCUGCCUCAGUUGCUGGCGUACCCCAAUCCCAUAGACCCCCUGAACGGAGACGCUGCAGCCAUGUACCUCCACCGGCCUGAGGAGUACAAACAGAAGAUUAAAGAGUACAUCCAGAAAUAUGCAACGGAGGAGGCGCUGAAGGAGCAGGAGGAGGGCGCCGGUGACUCCUCCUCGGAGAGCUCCAUGUCGGAUUUUUCGGAAGAUGAGGCGCAGGAUAUGGAGUUGUAGUGAAACGAGGAGGCCCUUAACCCAGAGACAAUACGACUUUCCUAACCCACGAGAAGCAGACUAUAAUAUUCAUAUUUAAACAAGGCGAUUUUUUAUUACUAAAAAAAAAAGAAAAAGAAAAAAAAAAGGAUUUUUAUGGAUAUAGCGUUUGGUGUGUAUCUCAUCCCUCUGUCCUGUGUGAUCUUCACCACCAGUUCUCAGCCCAAGGCCCAUUUCCACUGUUCAUGCGGUAGCUGUGUAGCUUGGAUGCAUGUGACCACUCUCCCCCCCCCCCCCCCCCCCCUCCCCGGUCUGAGCCCACUUGUGACUGGACUCUACAACAAAAUGUGGGCUUUUGUUUGCAGGGCCAAGGAGAGGCACGUCAGUUCUCUUUGUGCCCUAGCUCACCCAAGGAAAAUCAAGGAUUUUAUUGGCAAGUCAUGAUACAGCUACGGUCCAAAGUUUCAGUUUCCCCUCCUAAUUAAGCAAUUCACAUGGCCUGGAUAUGUGAAACACUUGUGUGGCAGGUUCACUGAUUAAUACUGUCUUGCACUUGGCAAUUAUCAUCAUUAUUUUUAAACUGCUGUUAGUGGGGUUCUUGGUCAUGAAUUUCAUGACACGACGGGUGUACUUAAAGCUAUAAAAGAGAGAGGUGGCAGCUCUAACAA